AUGGCGGCUGAGGUUGCUGCUUUGCCGCGCAUAGUAAUGCGUCCACGUCGCACUCUGCGGGGCCAUCUUGCCAAGAUUUACGCCAUGCAUUGGGCUACCGAUCGGCGACACCUUGUAUCUGCUUCCCAGGACGGAAAACUCAUCGUCUGGGAUGCGUACACAACUAACAAGGUUCAUGCCAUCCCACUUCGGUCGAGCUGGGUUAUGACCUGCGCUUACUCUCCGUCCGGAAACUACGUGGCUUGCGGUGGUCUUGACAAUAUCUGUUCCAUCUACAAUUUACACUCAAAGGAGGGUAAUAAUGUCAAAGGUGCCCGCGAAUUGAGUGCGCACUCGGGAUAUCUUUCCUGCUGUCGCUUCCUCAAUGACCGUCAAAUUGUCACAAGCUCGGGUGACAUGACCUGUAUGCUCUGGGAUAUCGAGGCUGGUGUCCGCGUGGUUGAAUUUAGCGACCAUACCGGUGAUGUUAUGAGUUUAUCACUGGGUCCCAACCAGAACGUAUUCGUGUCCGGUGCUUGCGAUGCUUCCGCCAAGCUUUGGGACAUUCGUAGCGGCAAGGCUACGCAGACCUUUACUGGCCAUGAAUCAGAUAUCAAUGCCGUGAAUUUCUUCCCCAAUGGCGAUGCGUUUGCAACCGGUUCCGAUGAUGCCUCGUGUCGUCUCUUUGACAUCCGAGCUGAUCGCGAACUGAACGCCUUCACUCACGAUAACAUUCUCUGUGGUAUCACAUCUGUGGCAUUCUCCAUCUCUGGCCGAAUCCUUUUCGGCGGCUACGACGACUGGACCUGCAAUGCAUGGGACACAUUGAAGGGUGAGCGGGUGGGGGUGUUGACUGGUCAUGAAAAUCGAGUCAGUUGUUUGGGAGUCAGUGCAGAUGGCAUGGCUCUCUGUACUGGGAGUUGGGAUAGCACUCUCAAGUACCAAGUUUUGAAGCAAUCUGUCAAGGAUAUUUUCCCGUUCUCUGAUAGGAAUAUGUCGGAAGAUGAUCGCGCUGCAAAGGCUGCGCGGGCGCGUGCAAUGCUCAAGAAGCGACAGCAACAGAAGGUGACCGGGACAGGCCUUUCUGCUGCCAGUCCUACAAUCUCAUCACCUCUCUUGUCGCCGGCACGAGCCUUUUCUCCAGCACCAUCUGAAGUGGUGGAAGAGAGGAAUGGACGAGACAUAGGCGACCUAUUCUCGAAUCGUCCUCAAGGUGAACGAGCGGACGGGACCUGGCUUUCGUCAUUAAUGCGCGCUGAAUCUAACCAAUCACGUCCGUCAUCUCCCUCUCUUGCGGCAAUGUCUCUACCUGUCCCAAUCCCUUCGGCUUCGGAGGGACAGUCACAGUCGGGACCCUCUGCCUCUACACCUGCUACCAAUGACCGGCAAGAACUACAGGAUUUAGUCAAAGAGCAGCAACGUACCAUAUCGACCUUGGAAUCCGAGAAGGCGUUUUUGUCCACUGCCAUAGAGACUUUGAAGCAGGCUGAAUCUAAAUGGCAGCAUGCCGAUACUGUACUUCAAGAGGAACGUGAGAAAUCACGACACGCCACAGAGUCUUUGAAACGCGCGGAAGUGGUCCUUGAGGAGUUAAAUCGUAAGAAUGAAGGACACGAAGCAACUAUUGCCUCACUCAAAUCAGAGCAAGCUAUCUUUAAACGGUCGGUGGAACUUCUUGAGGUAACGCAAUCGAAGGUCCAGGUAGCCGAAGAAUAUCUACAAGCUGAAAGAAAUGCCGCGCAGGCUCUACGAGGACGCAUACACGAGCUACAGGAAGUCGAAGAGGGACGUUCACAUCAUGUAGAAGAGCAGCGACAAACGAUAUCCUUGUUAGUGUCAGAGAAGGCAGCUUUGACAUUGUCAUUGCAACAUCUCCAGGAUGUGGAGCUGAGAUUACAGGAAACGGAACAACAGCUACAAUCAGAGCAAGAACGCUCUGAACAACUUCAAGCGUCUGUUUCUCGCCUGGAGACAGAGAACGAAGACUGUUCAGCUACAAUUCAUGAGCUUUCAGCGUCGGAGAAGCAGCUAGCGGACAGAUGUCGAGAGCAAGAGCGGGAGCUGCAGCUUCUUAACGGUGCUAUGACAGAUUUACGCUCACAGGCUGAACAAGCUGAACGUCGAGUGCGCGAACUAGAAGAGCAGAUCGAAAGCGACGAUCGCGCAGAACGACUGGAGGCCAUGCUUCGCAACACUCAGGACCGCGCGGAUGAAUUGGAAUUUCAGUUGUCAAAGUUACAGCAGGCUCAUUCUACGCUCAAGGCUGAUCGAGACAAUUUGGAUGGCCAUGUCCGCCAACAGGCUGGUGCUGAAGAGGAAUGGCGCCAUCGUCAUGCACAAAUAGAAGAGCAGCACACGGCAACUCAGGAAGAGCUAUCUAUCGUUAAAGCAGAACGACAAACUCUGCUCCUGGACAAAAUGAAUCUCGAGUCACAGCUGAAGGGAAAUGACAGUACUGUUGCAGAACUCGAACACAAACUCGCUGGUAUCGCUACGCAGCUUGCUAACGGAGCCAAGCAGUUACAGCAUACGCAAGCUGAGCUCAAGAGUGCCAACAAACGAGCCGAAGAGGCGGAGCGCAUACAAGGGGAGUUGCAGACCGAAGGUGUGGGCUUGAUGCGCUCUCUCGACGAGAUGCGUCCUAAAAUUGUCGAGCUGACCGAUGCCAAGUUGGAAUUAGGAGAAAAGGUGGAGAGCCUCGAGAAUGCCGUUCAUAGCCGGGAUGCUGCUAUUGCUAAGCUGGGAGCCGCUGUGGACGAGCUGCGGGCAGAGAAGGAGAUGGUCGAGGGAAGAUGGCAAGCCGCGACUGCUAUGCUGGAGAAGGAGCGCAAGGCAUCGCUUGACAACGACACCGCGAUGCGAGAAACGUAUAACUCGCUCAGAACCGAGCUGGAGGACUCGAUGGUAACUGUUCGUGCUCUCGAGAACGAGCAGACAAAUCACCGUCAGAUCAUAGACCGCCAUGUUACCGAAAUCGACAAUCUUUCCUCAGCUCUACAAACGCACAUGGACCAGCUCUCGUUGCUCAGAGAUGAGCUGGAUGAAAGUCGCCGCGCGCGGGACGAUGCACAAGUGUUCCUCGAGCAAGCGCAAGCAGAGAUGGGUAGUCUCCGUGCUGAGGUCCUGUCAAAAGACAAGGAGAUUGAAAAUCUCCGCCAAACCAACUCGGUGCCCUCUACACCCGCGUCGCAGUCCCUGGACGAGGAGAUGGUUAGCGCUCUCAAGCAACAACAUGCCCUUGAAAUUUCCGCUGCUCAGUCCCAAAUACGGAGUCUGGAAACUGUCGUUUUCGAGGCCGACGCACGGGCGCACAGCCUCCAGAAGCAGGUCGCGGCCUUAGAGGAUCAAGUCGUGCAUCUCAGGUCAUCGUCACGGGCAUCAGCACGCUCUCCUGUGCCGCGCCGGCCGUCAGUUCGUCCUGUCGACAUCUCAGACGACCUGCGCAGAGCCUCCUUCGUGUCGCAUCGCCCGUCGCAUCUCGCCGCGACGCCAACCACGCCGUCAGCAUUUGAUGGUCUGUCCCUAGAGGCACAGCAUAAGCGGCGGGUCAGCUUGAGCAUGCUGAAGGCCCGCAUGGACAGCGAGGUCGCCGCCUCCACCGGACUGACUCCUCGGACGCCGUCUAGGCUUGGCUCUCCAGCACAGCGGACUGCCACACUCCCAUCAGUCCCUGAGCCUUUAUCACCCGUGGUGUUGUCACCCGUGCACAUGAGAAAGCCCCAAUUCAUGGAUGAUGCACACAUCUUCUGGUGUCACUGUUGCCAGGGGGAUCUCGUCAUUCUAUAA